AUGGCACCUCGUCACCCCCUCCAAAAGCUCACAUCGCCCGCACGGGGUCUUUCGCUAGUCCUUCACCUUCUUGGUAUAGCCUCAUUCAGCUACAACUUCCAAUUUCUCAGAGAAUGGGAUGUUCCUAUGGCCAAAGCCUAUGGAUGGCACUUCCAAUUCCUCACAAUCAUUGGCCUUUCAGCAUCGUUGCUUGCCUUUGUUGCCGGGGCCCUGGCUGAUCUCACACUGAGUCGAACUCUCUUCCAAGUAAAGAACUACGUUGCUGUUCUCGCUACGCCCAUGGAAGUCGUCAUUUCCAUCCUGUACUGGGGAAUUAAAUUUAUCGACCCCAAACUGCUCAUGCCUACCGAAUUUUAUAUCCAUAUCAUCCCUGAUGUUGGUUUCCAUCUUGCGCCUGCAGUGUUCCUGACUUUGGACCUUCUUCUCUUCAGCCCUCCAUGGACAGUUCCAGCUUAUGCAGUUAUGGCAAUUGGCACUACCCUUGCGUUUGCUUAUUGGUAUUGGGUAGAGCUUUGCUUCAGCCACAACGGAUGGUACCCUUACCCUCUGUUUGAGCUUCUGUCUACGAACCAACGGAUUGCCUUGUUCACUUUUGCCGCUGUUCUGGUUACUGUGUCUUCGUCGGGCCUCAAGUGGUUGUAUGGACGAGUUAAUGGUUAUCGGACUGCUCAGAGGGAAGCCCACAAGCCUCUUAAGAAGGUUCAGUGA